CUUUUGCUGCCGAAUGGCUGUAACAGAUUGCGCACAGGAAACCGAAUGCUGGGAGGAGGCCGUGUGAGCAGAGAUGUGACCAGCCUGGUCCCAGCAGGACUCCGCCGACUUUGGUGCGCAAAGGGCAGCGUGGCGAGGUCUGCAGGGUUGCGUGGCCGUGACGCUGACACCUUCAGCAGUAUGUUGCUGGCAUGCCGACGCUGACGCAUGUACAGGAUCAUAAUUCACACGUGCAAAAUCAGUCUCUCCGAUGCAAUGACAUCUGAGCAUAAAGAAGUUAAUGUUGCGAACACUGUUGUGAACGGGCUGGUACCAAGCACCAAUGGCCAAGAGAGAGGCUUGGAUCCUGCUAAAAUCUGUACUGGAAAGGGGGCUGUGACUCUCUGGGCAUCUCCGCCUUACGAAGGGAAUCUGAGUGUCAGCCAUGCAAGUCGCCCACAGGAAAUCCAGCUCUCUGAAAAUGACUGGAAGUUGUCCCCUAGUAUUGACGCUCAUAGGGAUGCCCAGUCCUGUGCUUUGGCUGCCAAAGGCUACCGGAGGGUGCAUCCAAACCUUCCUGAGGGCAAGUCCCAUGAGGGGAGCUUUGCAUGGCACCCUCACACCAGCACCCCAGUGACCUUCCCCGGGCCUGCUCCAGCCACUGGCCACGCGUCCCCGCAAGCACCCACGCCCCGUGCACAGCGCGUGCCCCCCAGCACUGCCGGCCGGCGGUGCUUCACCUCCUUGCCCACACCCUUCGGCACCGUCCCACACAAACCCUCGGGCACGACCCCCGGGGGCCGGGCGCAUGCCGGGCCGCCACUCGCAGGGAGUCGCUCCUCCUCAUCGGACACAUCCUCCGAGGCCCUUGGCACGCCGGGGCUGGCCGGGGCCCAGCCGAGCCUCAGCGCCGGGUUGAAACCCAAGCAUGAAACUGGAGCAGGGAAAAAGGUCAGCAGUCUAUAUGUGGCUCGUUUAUCUAACAGCACUUGCUCAGCCGCACCGAAGGGCUCCGCCGCCCACGCGGGGGGCCAGAGCAAAGGCACCUGUUUCAGAGCUGAGGUCACCGUGACACCAGCCGCCCCCCGGGCUUCCUCCGCCACUGGCCCUGCCAAGCCUCCCCCUCCCCCUCCCAGGCCAUUCUUUAAUAUUGUCCUCGGUGGAGCGUCUGUUGCCGAUGGCCAGUGCCUUCCCUCUGGGACGCCUCCUCAGCCAGAGCCCCCUCGCCCGGCCGGCAGUGUGGAGAAGAUGAGGACGCCAGCGUGCCUUCCACAGCCGGAGCAGCCGCCGCCGAGCCAGGCAGAGGGACACAGCCGGGACCCCUGCCCGCUGCUCCAGGAAGCCCCCGGGCCAGGCCGCAGCACGGAAUGCUGUGACCCCCUGAGCACGGCCGGCAGGCCCUCCGCUUACCCCUCCACCACCAUCGUCAACCCCACCAUUGUCCUCUUGCAGCACAACAGAGAACAGCAAAAAAGGCUUAGUAGCCUCACAGAACCGGUGCCGGAUGCACCGGCCGAUGGCACACUCAGCCAAGAGAAGAUGACCCAAAGCAAGAAACAGGCCUCAGAGGAGAGGGGAAGAGCCGCAAGGAGUCCGCCACACAUGGCUGAGUCCUCGCUGGAUGACAUUGGCAUUCCACUGAGGAACACGGACCGAUCGAAGGACUGGUACAAGACAAUGUUCAAACAAAUCCACAGAUUGACAAAAGACCCACCUGAGGAAAAUCCUUAUUGCCCUACCUACAAAUUCCCCGAACUUCCUGAUAUCCAGCCCCAAGCCAAAGAAGACAAUCCCUACUCUCCUACCUACCAGUUUCCUGUGUCUACUCCUAGCCCUAAAUCUGAAGAUGAAGACUCUGAUUCCUAUCUUCCGCAGUACUCCUUUUACAAAGACUUGAGCGCGCAAACGUCAGUGCCCCGUUCCAAGAGUGAGAACGACACCAUCGACUCGGAGAAGGUGGUCAAGCGGUCCGCCACUUUGCCUCUGCCGGCUCGCUCUUCCUCCCUUAAGUCAAGCCCCGAGAGGAAUGACUGGGAGCCCCCAGACAAAAAGGUGGACACAAGGAAGUACCGUGCCGAGCCCAAAAGCAUUUAUGAAUAUCAGCCGGGGAGGUCCUCAGUUCUGAACAGUGAAAAAGUGACUCGGGAUAUAAGCCCAGAAGAGAUAGAUUUAAAGAAUGAGCCUUGGUAUAAAUUCUUUUCGGAACUGGAGUUUGGGAAACCGCCUCCAAAAAAGAUAUGGGAUUAUACUCCUGGAGAGUGCUCUAUCCUUACUAGAGAGGAUAGAAAGACCGAUGAUGAACGCGACCUCUAUCUCUACCAGACGGAGUUAGAGGCCGACCUAGAAAAAAUGGAGAAGCUUUAUAAAGCAAAAGAUAAAAAGGAGAUGAAGAGUACGACACGUUCCUCUCCCCUGGACACAUUCUCAGACCUUUUGCCUCACUCACCAUAUUCCCCCAGCUCCCAUUCAUUAGAAACGGCUCUUGGCGAUUCCACUGGACUGGAAAAUGAGAGGCAGAUCUACAAAAGUGUUUUGGAAGGAGGUGACAUCCCACUGCAGGGACUGAGUGGCCUUAAGCGCCCCUCCAGUUCAGCCUCCACUAAAGAUUCAGAAUCCCCGAGACAUUUUGUGCCACUUGAUUGCAUGGAGAAUCCUGAAGACAUUUUCCACAGGCAUCACAGUGAUAAAGAGAAACUGUUAGAGGACCAGAGACGGAUUAAGCGUGAGCAAGAAGAGGCUGAUAUUGCAGCCAGAAGGCACACAGGGGUCAUUCCUACGCACCAUCAAUUUAUCACUAAUGAGCGGUUUGGGGACCUCCUAAUUGUAGACGAUUCGGCAAAAAGGAAAUCUGGGUCAGAGAUGAAAGCUGCCAGAGUGAAGUUUGACUUUAAAGCCCAGACGCUAAAGGAACUUCCAUUGCAGAAGGGGGAUAUUGUAUAUAUUUAUAAACAAAUUGAUCAGAAUUGGUAUGAAGGCGAGCACCAUGGCAGAGUGGGCAUCUUUCCCCAGUCAUACAUAGAGCUACUUCCCCCCACCGAGAAAGCUCAGCCUAAGAAACCGGCACAGUUGCAAGUCCUGGAAUAUGGAGAGGCAGUAGCCAAGUUCAGUUUCAAUGGGGAUACUCAGGUGGAACUCUCCUUCCGAAAGGGCGAGGGGAUCACUCUGAUCCGGCAGGUGGAUGAGAACUGGUACGAAGGGAGAAUCCCCGGCACCAGCUGCCAGGGCAUCUUCCCCAUCUCCUACGUCGACAUACUGAAGCGGCCGGUGCUGAAGCACAGCACGGACUACGCCGGCCUUCCACUCUCUCACUCGCCAGACCGCAGCCUGAAAGCUUCCCCCCAGCCUUCUCAUCCUUUAUUGAGGCCAGGACCAGAUCUCACAGAAUCUGAAAAGAACUAUGUGGAAACUGUUUGCAAUGAGAUCUUAAACAUUGCUGAAAAGUCCGUCCAUUACUGCAGCACAAUUUCACAGCCUCUCGCCUCUUGUCGUGCGAGGCCUUUUAGUGACAAUAAAUCAUCUCUCAUCAUUUCUCAGCAACCGCAAGUCCUCCCACUGGAGAGCAGCUUCGACAGAAAUCAUACCCCUCAAGACAUGCUUAGCUACCAGGCACUUUACAGCUAUAUUCCACAAAACGACGAUGAGCUGGAGUUGAGAGAUGGGGAUAUCAUAGACGUCAUGGAGAAGUGUGAUGACGGCUGGUUUGUUGGCACAUCCAGGAGAACGCGACAGUUUGGUACUUUCCCAGGCAACUAUGUGAAGCUCGUUUCCUUUUAAAAGUCAUUGCAAGCCUUUGAUUGCAUCAGGAGAGAAGACGAAUGGCACGCUUGAAUCAAAAAUCUUCAGAGAAGAUAAUUUUAUGAAUGUAGUCGCCGAAAGAUAAGAAAUGAACGUGGAAUGUGGUAAAAGUGUUUGAUGCAAGUUCUUGCCUCCUUCGAAGGUUUACCGGAACAUAAAAGACAAACAAGUCAUGCCUUUUAUAAUGCUGCAUUUCUAUCGAUUUUUAUUCUCCAGGAAGCAACAUCUAUUACAGCUUUCAUUCAGCAUUGCCUAUUGCUCCCUGAGAUGGGGGAACAGCAGCAGAGCAGAGUGGAAUAACGAUGUUCGUGGCAGAAAGGAGAAGAAGCGAGAGUCGGGCAUCUCGGGACGGCAGAGUCUUUGACGGCACUCUGGCUGGGAGAGCGUGCGCUGGGGCCUCAUUCUGCAUGCAGCUCCUAUUUGCUUCCUUUGGACUGUGCACCUUAUCCGGCAUAAAAAUCAAAGACGGUUUGGAGGAAAGCCCCAUAUCGAAGAGCACAUUGCCAGGAUGAACGCGCCUCAUCAAACUGCUCCUCAGUACUGCAUGGACGAUGCGUGUGCAGGCCUUUCUGUAUUCCUUCAGAACUGAAGAAUUAUUACACGAGCACAGCAGUGUACAUGUAAGAGUCUGGCACCCUCAAAACCCUCACAAAGAGGAAGGCGCAGCUGCGUCCCAAAGAAAGCGCAGUCGGUGCCCGGGCACCUGCUGGGGCACCGCACCCUUCGCAACAGCAGAUUUUCUUGCUGACAGCUGGGGUUGCUUAUCUUUAUGCAUCCUGCCUUUUCUUCUGGAGUGGCUCAUUAGGACCCCGUGGGGCAGCUCAGGGGGAGAGCAAGCAAGAUUCUCUCUCAGUGCAGUGCCUGGAUCGCUUGCUAGCCCCACACUGGCUCUCCGUGACAGCGGGAGCCUCCAGCCACUGCCCCUGCCAUUCCCCAGCUGGCCAAGAGCCGGUAUUAGGCUGCAAAGCGGGCUGGGGGGCUCUCCUCCACCGCACAUCCAGCCACCAAGGGAAAAGAGAGGGGCCCUCGCUCCUGAUAAGCUGCAGGGGCCAAGCGAGCCGCAGGGGCCUAGAAGGAGACCGAGCUGGGGCAGGCACCAGAGAGGGUGCCUGUUCGCCAGCAGAUUGUCUGGAAAAGCAGCUGCAGUGAAGGGAACCCACCGGGGCUGGUGAGCAAGCUGGAAUCAUCCUGGGGCCCCAUGCACGUGUGAGAAAGAGAGGAAACGAGGGCUUCUCAAUGAGCCGGAGCCAGUGGGGAUUCGGAAGGGAUCCAAAGGGUUUUCCGUGUGAUCUGCAAUAAAGCUGUGUGUGUGUGUGUGUGUGUGUGUGUGAUGCAUACCUGGGGUGCUUGUGUGUGUGUGUGUGUGUGAAUUAACAGAUGGGGCAUCCAAGAGAUUGUGUGGCUGGUGAGCUGGAGCGUGCAGAAGAGAUGGCGGGAUGAGCUGGCUGGCUGAGAAAGCAGGAAAGAAAAGGUUUGCUGUCUGUGCAGUGGAUUUCUGCGGGCGCAGCAGCCCAUGGGUUUCAAAGGACUUCUUUUGUGUGUUUGCGGCCCUGCCUUGUAUUCAGCUUGUUUUGGCAGAAAGCUUCACAAGCCGAAGUGAGCCAAGGGUGGUGAUAAUUUAAGUAACAGUGAUUCCAAAAGAUGAUAAAGGCAAGAUGAUGGUCGUUUAGUUUAACAUGUACAGAAAAUUAAGACAGUGAAUUUGACAGUGGAUUGGGUCUAGUUUAACGAGGCUAGUUAAAUCUGCCUGUAGAAAGCACUUUGUCUCUGCAUCACAGAACUGCCCCCAAACUUACCUGUACCCAAAUUUCAAGGGUCGGUAGAGCAUUGAAAGGAAGGAAGCUAAAGACCGAAGCACUCGAUUUUGGGUUGCUGAAAGCCGGGAAACCCUUUAUCACCUGUUAGACUUUUGGCAGCCAAGUUAGAGGCACUUUAGCUACAGCGCUCCUUCACGUGCUGCCAAAAAAGGGUCGCAUGGUGGCGCGAGAGCCCGUUCACCGCAAUUUGGGCUUUGUGAACAUUCAGAAAACAGGCAUUACGAAACAGGCGCUUCCACAACAUUCUGGAGGGAAAGUAACAGCAGCAUCUUCUCAUCUUGCCAAUUCAAGCAAAAGGAGUUAAAUUAUUUCCACUUGUUCUAAGGCCGAGAUGAAUUGUGCACAGCCCGUUGCACCCAGAGACUGCCUCCAGUCUGCUCCUUCCCCCCCUCUCCAGUCUCCCAUUCUUGACUUCUGAAAGGUAAGGGCGAAGGAGGUUUUCAGAGGGAGUGAGAAUUAUUAGUCCAAAGUGCAUUUUGAAGCAAAAUGGUUUAUUUUCAGAUGCCAGGUGUACCUAUUCCAUGCAUAGCUUCAUUUUCUUUAUCGACUUCCAUUGCCCCAAAUGAGUGACGUAAGGCGAAGAAUUCCACAAACCUCAGCUCCCCCUGCCCCACUCUUUCUUGGCAUAGAUGGCAAAUGUGAUUUCUGCCUCUUUUUAAAAAAGUAGAAAGUACAAUUGAGUGUCCAUUUCUUUAGUUCCCAAAGCAACACUUACCUGGGAAUAAAUGCCACUGAGUUUCUUCAUGGUCAUUUCAUUUAAAAUAGUGUCUGACUAUUAAAUAUAAAAUGCCUUUUUUGCAGCUGCUGCAGUUUUUAGAGUAACCAUAACUCAUCAGCAUGAUUUGCAAUUUAUUUUGCUAUAUUAUCCAUGCUACAGAACAACAGAAUUUCUUUUGCUGACUCCCUGCCCCCAUCAGCCAAAAAAGUCAGCUGAAGCGAUUGUAUGACUGUACAUAUGUAUAUUUGCCUUUGUAUAAACUUACAAAUCUUAGAUUGAAAAAUAAGAAAUUAUUGAAAUCUUUUUUCAGUAAGGCAAACGUAAGGGCUUUUAUUUAUAUGAAGUAAUUAUUCCAUUUAUGGUCACACUAAAUAAAAGGGGUUAGCAAAAUAUAAAUCACCUAAGCUACAAAAUAUUAUUUUCAUCAGAAUGGAGAAUUAACAUUUUCACACUGAAAGAUUAUUAUUACUUAAGUUCCACUGAAAUCAUUUAACUUAUAUUCUUUUGGGAAUGUGUGGAAACGGAAUAAUAAACACAUUGAUGUGCUUUGUCCCCAGAGUGUUUGAUUUGCAUUCUUAUUUCCUGCAGCACUGUUCAGAUUUGGCAUUAAAAUGAAAGGAUUGGAUACGACUGAAUUAACCCGGUCUGCAAAAGAGCUUAACCACACUGGCAACAUGUAACCAGCUUAAUGCCAUUUUAGUCAAUACACAUUUGCGUUCACAUGCACUUCACAACAAGAACUCACCCUUGUGUUUAAUUCUUCAUUGCAGUGUAUUAUGAUUUGGCAAUUGAUAAACUGAAAUAUUAUAUGAAAAGCAUGUUUCUUUUAAUCAAUAUUUAAUAAACAUUAGGCCAAUCUGA